AUGGCCCCACAACAGGAUUUCCAACCUGUUCAGCCGAAGAAGAACUGUGGCUCCUUCAUUCGACUACCUGUUGAGCUUCUCGGCCUCGUUUUCGACAAUGUCCAAAGAGAGGACUUGCUGCCCAUAGCUUGCGCAUGCAAGCUCCUUCACUCAAUAGUCGAGCCACACCUUUAUCACUCAGUCGUCACUCGGAGCCAGGAGCGGCUUUUGUCCUUCCGUCAGGCUCUCGCUCAGAACCCAGCACAUGCAAAAUUGGUGCGGCGCUUUGAAAUCUACCGCGACGAGAUCGGGGCAGAGGAAGAGUCUCCAAGCUCGGGACUUGACCUUCUGGAAGAUUUCUCAAAACUUGCAUCUCUCGUUGUUGAUGCAUCCAUAGCUCACAUAUCCGCUCUUGACAUCAGCGGUGCGUUGAGAACCGCUGGUCACCUGCCAUUGCUGACAACGUGCGAAAUCAACAUCAGAACUCGUGACCCUUACCAUGUCAACCUUGCUCAUCUCGAAACUCUCCUUACCUGGCCGACGUUGACAACCCUGACUCUUCACAACAUCAAUACCAACGACGGUUUAUUCAAUGACGAUGCAGGCACCAUAUCAAAACUUCGAACGCUCCGUUUCUUCAGCUCAUACAUCGAUCCCACCUCCCUCUACAACCUUAUGUUAGCCAUGGAGAACCUUCAAGAGCUUGUAAUUCACUCCAUGAGCCCCCAUGGGAUUUACGAGUGGGGGUGGGACAUCAGUGGCUACGACCAGGCUUUGGAACCAGUGUCUACGACGCUCAAGGUGCUCGUCCUGAUCAAAGAACACGGACAGCCGUGCGAACAGUCCCUACGACUGAGGCACAUGACUGCCCUUGAAUACGUAUCUGCCGACCUCGACUCGUGGUUCGGGUACAACUUCGUAUCGUAUACCAUCUCACGCGAGACUACCUUUCAAGAAAUGUUCCCUCCAAGCCUGAAAACUAUGAAGAUCGGAGGCUGGAAAGGUGGGUUUGGUGCGAUGGGCUUGAACAGCCGAUAUAGCGAGGACGAGUUCAAAGCGUACGUUUUAAAAGCCAUGAUGUACAGUGGGGGAAAGUUUGCCCCGGCCAUGGAACGCAUCGAAUUCGGGAAAGGUUAG